CGAUCUGCCGCGAAGGUAUUAUUUAAGGGUGCGCCUACGGUCACUCUUCAGAAAACUUUUGUCGUCGCAAAAAAACUUAACUAACUAAGAAUCAAACAGAAUGUUCGUCGUACGUCGUAGCGCAUCUCGCCUGUAUCCCGCUGGAGUCCAGCUGGCCAAGAUGAGCGGCAGCCAGGUGGGCGACCUCGGCAGUGGCGCCGGCAAGGGGGGCGGCGGCGGUGGCUCCAUCCGCGAGGCUGGAGGAGCCUUCGGCAAGCUGGAGGCUGCCCGCGAGGAGGAGUACUUCUACAAGAAGCAAAGGGAGCAGCUGGAUCGCCUCAAGAACGACCAGAUCCACCAGGCUGAGUUCCACCACCAGCAGAUCAAGGAGCACGAGGAGGCCAUCCAGCGCCACAAGGAGUUCCUCAACAACCUCAACAAGUGAGCGGUGAUCCGCCGGAAGAAGGCGACCUCACAGAAGGAUGAACUCGAGACAUUUACUAAAAUGCAUUUCACUCUCUUUUGUAUGUUCCCAAGUGCUUACUACCCACUAACUUAAAAAAUGAUCUGUGUAUUUGAAAAGUGCGUAAAUAAACUGUCUUUAUUUUGAAUGCUUUAA